UAUCUAUGCGAAAGCAUGCUGGGCGGGAGCAUUGCUGUGCUGGAGCAUUGCUGUGCUGUUCUUCUCACUUCCUGAACUGAAGGCCUCCAAAUAUGUGGAGGUACAAACACAGGAUAACCUAACAUUCAGGAUCUUUGACACACCACGUUACCCUGCAUUGAAGUUUAAAGUGGCCGUGUAAAGCAUGCUCCUGUGGCAGUAUCUGAUAACCUUUCUGCUGGUUACUGUUCAAAUAUGCAAAGCUGAGAAAUGCGAUGACUUUACUGAUCUGAAUCUUGGUCACUCAAUCAUUGGUACCAGCCUCAAAGUUCGGUUGUUGCUAUACACUAGAUUAAAUGGGACAUGUGGUACCCUCAUGUCCCCCACCGACCUGUCUGCCUACCCCCAAUUUAACGCGUCAAAACCGACCACCUUCAUCGUUCAUGGGUAUCGGCCCACUGGAUCUCCACCGAAAUGGCUCAACAAGCUCACUGAGGCUCUGCUGGUCAGGAAAGACAUAAACGUUAUAGUGGUAGACUGGAACUACGGUGCUGCGAAUCUGAAUUAUUGGGAAGCAGUGAAGAACACACGCAAAGUAGCAUCCAACAUCACAGCUUUGAUUAACAUGUUGCAGGAGCACGGAGCCAAUCUGAGCUCCAUCCACAUGAUUGGUGUCAGUCUAGGAGCUCACAUAUCAGGCUUUACGGGCGCUAACUUGAAGGGAGAAAUUGGAAGAAUAACAGCACUGGAUCCUGCUGGGCCAGGGUUCAGAGGCCAAAACCCAGAGGACCGACUGGACUCUUCAGAUGCACAGUUUGUGGAUGCCUUGCACACGGACAUGGAUUUGCUGGGUUUCAGGGAACCUUUAGGUCACAUUGAUUUCUACGCCAAUGGAGGAGCAGACCAACCCGGCUGCCCAAAGACUAUUUUCUCAGGACAGUAUUUUAAAUGUGACCACCGGAGAUCGGUGUACCUCUUCGCUGACUCUGUAAAUGCCACAUGUACCAGCAGGACCUACCCCUGCUCGUCCUAUAAAGACUUUCUGGAUGGCAAAUGCUUAACCUGCAGUCAGUUUGGUAAUGCUGGAUGUCCUAUUUUAGGUUAUGGUGUCAUAAAAUGGAAAGACAUCCUGCUGGAACAGAACCAAACAAAGGCCUACUUCAAAACAAACGGAAAAUCUCCAUACUGCAUGACAAACUACAGGAUGGAUGUGGUGAUAUGGAACAAGGAUGUGCAGUGGGGAUACUUGACUGUUAAACUUCAUGGCGAUGGUAAACAAGCACAGGCAACCAUAGACCAUAAAUCCUUAAAUUUCAAGAAGUUCACAGACACUGAGCUGUUGGCUGCAUUUGACAAAGACAUUCAGUGGGUGGAAAAGGUGUCUGUUAAAUUCUCCACUGGGAAUGUAUUGCAGCCCAAACGUAAGCUCAGAAUUCUCCGAAUCCGUCUCAAAAACCUGGAACCUAAAGGGAAUAAAGCACAGGGGUCUCUGUGUCGAUAUGACGUCCUUCUCGAGGAGAACAAAGAGGUCACCUUCAGGCCAAUUCCCUGUGAAGAAUCCAACUUCUGAGGGGGGAAAGAAAUUGCAUAACAUUUCACUGCAUGUAUGGAGAGAGAUUCGGCUGAUUCUACAGUUCUUCCAGAAUUGUUCAUGAAAAGACCAGGACUGCUAAAACAAAACAAAAUAACACAAUGUUGCCUCACAGUAAGAAGGUCUAUGUUUGAGCCAACUGGCUCGCUGGGACUUUUCUGUGCAGUUUGCACUGUCCCACAGUCAUUUGAGGGUUGGGUUAACUGGUGAUUGAGUCCAAGUUCGGUGUUGGUGUAACUUUGAGCGUGGACGGUUGUCUGUCCCUGUUGUUAGUGCGAUAGACUGGUGAUUUGUCCAGGGUGUACCCUACAGCUGGGAUAGGCCCCCUGCACCUCUGAACUGGAUAAGUGGAAGAUGGAUGACUAGACCAGUAAUGUGAAUUAGACAGAUUAUCUGUCACAAAUGAGUGAAAAAAUACUAACAUAUUUACCUUUUUUGAUAGAAAAGUAGGGCUGUCAACAUUAACGCGCCAUCACGAUUAACGCGAUUACAUUUUUUUAACACAUUUCACCCAUCUGCUGCUCUCCAGAUGGGUUAAUUGCGUUAAAAUUUUUAAUCGCGUUAAUCGUGAUGACGGAUUAAUCCGCGUUAACCCGUUAACGUUGACAGCCCCUGUAGAACACAUAAUGUACGACUGAUAGAUUUUAUUGACUUUAGGCACUGGCCUUUGUUUUUGUUGCUUGUCUUUGCUUUUAUUCCUGUUUACUUUUUUUAUGCCAAUAUAAAUUUUCAACAUACAUAUAUCAGUAGUAACUAUAUUUAUUUUUAAUAAACACACAAUGCACAUCAGCACCCAGUAAAUUUACAUUCUUUGUGCAAUCAGAAAGAAAACAAGUGCUAUUUUUUUUCUUUUUAAGCCUAAAAUCUGUGUGCUCAUCCAUAUUACAUUAUUAUAAACAAACUCUUUAGUCUCUGUAAAUGAGCUGCUGCUUGUCAUUUCUCAUCCUUUUCUCUCUUGGAGUCACUGUCACAAUGGAUAAAAAUGCAGUUCAAUUAUGCUGUAGUACAUAUUACCACCAAUCAUUGUCUUAAUGGACGGUGAUAAGUGAAAUCUCCUGGAAAACUCAAAAUGUGAGAUUACAGUUCCCCGGCAAGAAUGUUUAUGAAUGCCUUUGGUGACGUGACGAGAAAAAAACAAGAUGUUUGAUGUGUAACUGCGCCGGUCGUCUCCAGAGGAAAAGGACAGUUUGCUGCAGCCUCCGUCUUUAUGUCUGCUUCCAUCUUUGCACUUUCACCAGUGACUCAGUAAAAAUAUUAAGCCCUCUGGGUCAGCCCACUCAGCAGUCCAAAAAGAAAUGGUAAAUCAGAAAUCUGAUGAAUCUGAUGAAAGAAUAGUCGUCUUUGCUCAUUUAGACAUGUGCUUCUUCAUUCGCUGAAUUUCCAUCUAAAACGAAAAAAAAUUGGAUUUUGAAAAAAAUCAAAUCAUGAUAAAUCUUCCUACCUUGAAGUGUUUGCGCCCAUUGAAAUACGAUGUUACUAAAUUUUAUUAUCCUCGGCCACUUUACCUGUAACGUUAAGCGAAUCCUUUUCUCCUCAUCCAGCUCAUUCAUCAGCAGUUUGAUUUCUUUGCUGGAAUAACACAAUAUUGUUAAAUUAGCACAGCCAAAACCUGCCUGAAACUACAGUUGGUUGGUACUGAUGCUGGGCUGGGAGUGUCAAAUGCCCUCCAGAGUGAGGAUGAGCAGGUAAACAGAAAACUGCAGAUGUCUACAACUUAUAGCUAAUGUGCAAUUAGGGAAAGACAGCCAUACUUGUGCUGAGUCUUCAUCUGUUCAAACUGGCCCUUCAGGUCUCUCAGCUCUGUCUGCAGUUGUUCCAGGUUUGGCGAGGCGUGCCCUUCUGGAUUUCUGCUGGGCUGUGAGUUGAUGCCUGCAGGCGGAGCUGGGUGCAGCACAGCAGAGAUAGCCUUUGGCAGGAGAGAGGAGAAAGACUCUGUGGGCACAGUUUUGGUUUCUAAUGCCUGUGGAAAACACAAAAGAAAUAUAAGAAGUUGUCAUUUACUGCAGUUUAACAGCUGUGGAUUGUACGACCUGUAGCAUUUUAUUUUAUACACUGCUCGAAAAAAUAAAUAAAAAUGAAAGGAA